AUGGAGAAAAAAGGCCGGCAUAGAGAAGUUCCAGCAUAUGAGGCAGGAGACAUGAUUCUAAGAGAAGACACCUCAAUUGACCAAAAGCUGUUAAAAGAAGUGAAAAUACAGCAGACCAUAGUAGUAGUAGACAGCCCAUGCAAGGGAUACCUGGAAGAAGUGAAAAAAGAGAUUACAGACUUAUUUCCAACGGACACGUUCACUUUAAUUGACGAAAAUGCAAAAACAGAAGUGUCUGACAAAGGAAUAGACGGCAUAAUACUCUGCACAUACAAUGCGUAUGUGAGCAAGGACGCUCUUUCAAAAGGAAAGGAGUACUUCAUAUUCGUAAAUAUAAGAAGAUCAAUUGACAAGAAAGAGAUUAUAUCACAGAACGAGAAGAGGGGAACACAUUACUACUUUGUAAGCAAUGUAUACAAAAUAGAAAGUACACAGGAGCUAGCCAGGGCUGGGAUAAAAAGAACACUCCCAAUUAAGAAUGGAUUUGGCCUGGGAAGAAGCCCAGUCGCAUUCACUCGCAGGCACGAAACAAUAUAUGCAGGCGCUCCCCACCUAAAAAGAAAUGCAUUUAUCAUUGCGCUAGAAAGAAACAUCACAGUUCCCUGCGUAAUAACCACAGAAACAGAGAAAGAAAUUGAAGAGGUGGUAGAGUCUAUUGAGAGAGUGGAAAGCCUGGUUUCCCGACACACAACAGAACUGAGUGAGUAUUUAGAGCGUAAGAAGUGGAUAUACAUUCUAACGCAUGGCGACCUAUGCAAAAGAAUAAAGGAAGGGCAUCUGCUAGAGCUCAAAAAGAUAACAAAGUCAUCAAUGGCGUAUUCUGCCACAGACAAAACAAUCUAUCUAAUGACCCACCACCAAAUCACACAGAGCGUAUUUACAAUGAUGACAACUAAAGACAGAGGUAAAAUAAAAAAGAUUGUAGAAAUAUUGCCGAGGUAUGGGAUAAUACUUGAAGAAAGCGCAGAAGAGUUAAAAAAGACAUUUGAGAUGGAAAAAGAGAAGAGGGCAGCUGAAGCAGUAGAGAGCAGCGACAGUUCAUAAGAAAUUACUAAUUAAUGAACAGCAAAGAAUAAAGAAAAGAUGAG